GCUGCGUCAUGACGUCAUGUUACCGUAGUAACAGAGGAGUCGUUUGCUUACUCUGUGCUAACAGCUAACAGAACUAGCUCGUUAGAUAAUAGUCGCCGUUUCUUGAGUUUUUAAGUGAAGGUUUGUAACUCAGCGAGUGACCAUAAGUGCUAUGUAGACGGCUAAUGUAACCGCUUGAGUCACUCAGUGGUAUCAAACUGUUAGCUGAGACGACAAACACGAGUCAGGAAGUUGGAGGUGAUGGAGGUGAAGAAGAAGCCCGAGGAAGAGGAGAAUGAGCUGGUGUUGGAGCUGAAGGGGCAGCUGGAGAAUGAACACCUGACCCCGGUGGAAAAACUCAGACUGCUGAAUGAUAGCUUAAACAAUGCUCUGAACUCGGCAGCUGUCCACGUGAACAGUGGCGAGCUGACUCGGCUGAAGUCUCAGCUGUAUCUGAGCGGCGUGCUGAUCCACUGCGUCCGUGUUCUGUCUCUGCAUCCCAGCAGCCUGUGGGGCGACCUGAGUGCCGCUGCUACACUGGCCCACCUCACCAGCUCCUGCUGUGUGGGGGUGGAGCCUGGCCCACACUCUGAGACCUUUCAUCGGCUCUUCCUGCCGUCAGUCGUGGAUGCUCUGCUGUCAUUGGCUGCUCAGCUGGUGAACCGAACGGAGAAUGUGUCUCUCCUCAGGAAGGUGAUGGACUCUGUCAGCUGGCUGCUCGCCGCUCACACUCACCUCACAGAGAAAGUCCUCAGCUCCAUCCACUAUGAGCAGAUCCAGGUGUGUGAUGAUGUCACUGUGUCUCUGCUCUGUGUCCAGAUGUGGAUUCAAACCUGCACGGCCAACAGCGACUUCCUGUCUGGGUUGAGCGACGAUUCCAUACUUCUGCUGCUCAACGAGGCCAUUGGCCAAUUAGCUCUCAGUUCUGACUCUACGGUGGGAGGGGCCUCCCUCAGAUUGAUCCUUCUUAUGGCCAGUCAGCUGGGCCGCUGCCUCCGGCCCCUCCUCCUCAGCUUCAGAGGUCUGGACAGCCUGCUGCACAAAGACUGGAGGGGGCGGGGCUUCGACCGGGGCAUUGAUCAGCUGAUCGCUCUUAUCCAAUCAGAGAAGGAUGUCGUUAGUCAAACACAGGGGAGUAGUGAGCAUGUGCGGGCGGCAUGUGUGAUCCAAGCAGCCUGGAGGUCGUAUAAGACCAGACGCAGAGUGAAGAAACUCAACAGAGCCGUCAGUGUCCUGCAGAGGAAGUACAGGGCUCGGAGAAGGGAGCAGCAGCAGCAGAAGGAGGCGCAGCUGUGGGAGGAGGAGCUCAAGUAUCAGGUGUGUGUGAGACGUCAGCAGGCGAGGAGGAGGUUCCACCAGAAACAGAGACAGCUGCUGCAGCUGCUUCCAGCAGACCAGGUGCAGUCAUACCUGCAGGAGUGCGAGAAUCGAGCCGCUGUGGUGAUCCAGAGCUUCUGGCGAGGCUUCAGAGAGAGACGACACUACAGCAGCACGCAGCGGCACAUGCUCAGACGAGAGCGAGCUGUCAGGAUGCUGCAGAGAGGGGUGCGUCGCUUUCUACACAAACGACGAGCAGCAAAGGUCCCGCCCCUCCCUCCUUUCUGGAUUGGUCAGAAAGGUUUGACAGACAGCCGGAGGGCGGAGCUAAAGCAGCAGGUGGAUGAGUACAUCGCUACACAUCAGUCGUUCCGUGUCUCUCCUGAGGAGUGUUCCUGCCUCCAUGAGGAGGUGCAGCUGCUGCUGCUGUCAGUGCUGCAGACAGGAGCUCAGCAGAGGAUGGAGGAGCAGCGGGUAGAGGCACUGCUGGCUCACGUGCACACACAGCUGGAGCUGCUCCGAGAUGCUCCGCCCCUCUCUGUUGUCACAGAGACAGAUGCUGACACCUUCCUGAGCCCGUCGGGUCCCGUCGCUGCUCGUGCCCGUGACGCCCACAACGCCAUGCUCCAGGCGAGCCGGCUACCCUGGUGGAGGAUGCUGGGAGACGCAGGUCCUGUGGAUCCAUUGGGCUCCACCCACCUGCCUGAGCUGGAGGAAGAGCUGGGAGGACUGUACAUAGGAGGGACAGUGGCGGACAAGAAACAGACUCAGGUGGACGAAGUCAAACUGUAACGUGAUCUCUCUGGUGAAAUAUGGACUCGCGCAUCUGCUGACGAGGAAAUGUUCUUAUAAACAUAGACUGUAAAUAAAGGUUGGACAUUACCCAU